CUGCUUUUGUUACCAUCAGAGAUAGAUUUUGCUCUCAAGAUGCCUGAGCACAAAGAAUUAUCUGACCAAUUAUUUCUCGAAUUGAAAAAAAGAACGAUUCAAGCAAAAGACUUGUCAUAUUCACCUUAUUCUAAAUUCAAAGUUGGAUGUUGCAUUUUGGCUGAUACAAAUAAUGAUACUGGUAACGGGAACACAGUGUGGUUUGUUGGAGCAAACGUUGAGAAUGCCAGCUAUGGCGCCUGUAUUUGUGCUGAAAGAUCAGCAAUUAUUCAAGCUGUUAUGAAUGGCUAUAAAAAAUUCAAGGCAAUUGGAGUCUCGACUAUUUCGACUGAAAUUUCCUCUCCUUGUGGUAUAUGUCGCCAAUUUAUCUAUGAAUUUUCUAAUGGUAAGGAUAUUCCUAUUUAUUUAUUUAAUGACGAUGGUUCAAAAUUUAUCAAAGUCUGCUUAUUUGAAUUGUUACCUUUAGGUUUUGGUCCUAGCGAUUUAGAUGUUCAAGUAUAAUUAUGAAAAUUAAUAAUUUUUUUUUAUUUUUUUUCUUAA